ACAAAUAUCAUUAAUACAAACGUAUUCGUGUAAUUUAAUAAGAUAGCCAGUAGAAAUAUACUUCAACGAAACGUAACGCUAUUGCUGAUCUUUAACAUUUGUCACGCCCACAUCAAUUUUACUAAUGUUAGAUAAAUUAUUAUCAUAUAAACUUAUAUAUAUUCACGUACAUUAAAACAUGAUGCACACUAUAACAUUUUUUCACGAAACCGAUCUAAUAAUCUUUUCAUAGCAUUUGGUAAACUGAUUCAAUAUAGGUCAAAAGUUCGUUGUUACUCAGUGAGGUCAUACAUGUUGAUACUAAUAAUAGUUUAAACAGCAUACACUAUCAAUUUGUGAACGUUAUUUUUUUCUCAUGUGAAUAUAACUAUUUCAAUUUCUGUUCACAUACUCGUUAAAAAAAGGACAUCAUGUUUAAAAAACUAGCUAAGUUUAUAAUAUUUAUAAGUAUUAUUGUGAAUUGUGGGUGUCUAAAAUUUUCAUCACUAGAUACAGUUUACAAAAAAGCGGUAGACGCGUUUUCAAAAGAAAGAUGGUCUGAGUGCAUAUUACAAUUUGAAGGAUCAUUACAUUUAUACAAAGUUUACAAAACAAUAAAUAUAAACUGCAGGCUAAAAUGCAAAUCAGAAAAUCAUAACAGUCAAUUCACUGGAAAUAUAGAAGAUCUUAAGAUAUUUGAAUAUUUCCUUACCCUAAAAGAUUGUCUAUCUCAGUGCCAGCAAGAAGAGUUUGAAAGUGUUCAUAUGUAUAAUAAUGUUUCUGAUGCAAUACUAACCAACAUGCAAUCAAAAAAGCCAUAUGAAUAUUUACAUUUAUGUUACUUUGAAAUGAAUGCCUUGCCUAAAGCAGCUUCAGCUGCAUACACUUACCUUGUAGCUAAUUCUGAUGACAUAGCAAUGAAAAGAAAUGUGGAGUAUUACAUACAGCAACCUGAAGUUGAUGUUAAGGAAGUAAUUGAUCUAGAAAGUGAAGACUAUCAAAUCUUAUAUAAAUUAGGCAUACAAGCUUAUAAAGGUAAUAAUUGGGGUAACACAAUCGCCAACAUGGAGGAGACUUUAACAGAUUAUCUAGCAUGGGAGAAUUCUUGUCGGGCAGAAUGUGAACAUCAAUCAGAGCAAGAAGUGUCUCCUGAAUUUAUUGUAACUAUUGCAAAUAAUAUAUUACCUCUUCUAAUAUGCAGACAAAAGUGCCAGGAGAAUCUAAAACCAUUGUAUGAUUCGGGUGCUGAGUUAUUAGCUGAUGUUUUGAAUUAUUUGCAAAUUUCUUAUUAUCAUUCAGACAGAUUUGACGAUGCUGCCAAAGCAGUUGCUAGCUAUUUAACAAUAUUUCCUAGUGAUGAAGAUAUGUUGGAAAAUAAACGGAUGUAUGAAACACUUGUUCAACAAAAAAGUUUUACAGAAAGAUCAGAGAUUGUUCACUACUUAAAACGGGAUAAAUAUGAAAAACAUUUGCUAAAUUUUUUUCUUAAACAAGAUAAUAGUGAUCUUAAUGCCAAUUCAAUAUAGGCAAUAGAUUAUUAUUGAUUUUAAUUUUGUACUAUAU